UUCCUCUGCUGCUCUGAGACCGCCUUGUCUCCUCCCCCUCAGUCUGCUCCGUCUCCCUCCCCUCGGUAUUUUGUUAUCCUUGUGUGUGAAAAUGGAGGGAGAGAGUACUGACUCAGAGAGGAAGGCAAAUGGGGUGACUGAAGUUCAAACAGUGACAGGAGGAAACAAGCCGCUACAUCGCUUUUUAGCAGGACAGCCAAGAUACAUUGGGAUUGCGAUAAUGUUCUUUGGCUGUAACGAGCUGAUGCUGGGUCUCCCACUGGUUAGAGUGACCAUAAUGACCUCAGCAAGAUUGUACACUCCUUUCUGGCAAGGCACAUUGUUCAUGAUCUGUGGAAUUUUGUCAAUUCACACUCACAGCUACCCAUCCAAAAAGCUGGUGACUGUGUGCUUGGCUAUGUACAUUGUCACAAUACUAGGUGGUUGCUUUACACUUAUUUUCAGACUGAUUGCCAUUAUAAAUGGAAUGUUCUAUGAUACUUUCCAUGAUGAUGGUGAUGAUGCAUAUGUCCUCCUUGCUCAGCUGAAAAGCACUGAGGCUGUGUUAUAUUCAUCUACAAUAGUUGUGAUUAUUCUCCUCAUUUGUCUUUGCUGUUUUGCCAAACAAUCUUUAAAGUCUUCCAACACACAGGUCAUCAUGCGACAAGUUCUGAUGGUCACAGACACAGAGACAGAAUGAACAGUUACACAGUGGAAAUUUUACCAUUUUCUCAAAACUAAUAACUGAUUAAUUUCACUGUAACCACACUAAUGGACUCACUCUAGUUGGUCAUUAUACCUCAUACUGCAAAACACGAAUUUCAUGAAAGUAAAAAGAAAAGAAAAAAGUUAAUUUUCUUUUAGGAAGUCAUCUAGUCACUGUGAAAAAACAACAUGAUUUUUGAUAUAUUACAUACCUUAUACACCAGUAUAUAUUGGGACUGCAGAGUAGGCUUGUAUGAAAAAACUAAUCUGAGUAACAGCCUAUAUUAAUCAGUUUUAUUUUUUUUUAAGGUUUAACAAUUAGAUGUACCGCAACGCGGUACAAAAUAUGUCCGCCAUUCAGUCCUGCACAUUCUCUCCCGCUUGUCAAUUUGUUUUCA